AUGUCUGUAAGAAGAAAAAGAAAUCUUGAGGAUGAGGAUUAUUCACAACCAGGUCCAUCACAGCGCAACAAAAAGGUUCCCUUCAAAGCUACUUCUUCCCAAAGGACAGCUAGUGAUGGUGAAAGUGACUAUGAACCUCAAGAUUAUUCUCAAUCCCAAACUGUUUUAUCACAGGAAACAUUAAACGAAAUUAUAAAUAAUGCUGUGAUACAAAUUUUAGCUCAUAAUAAUACUAUGCGACCUUUUAAGCGCAGUGAUAUUCUUCAUAAUACCAAGGCUAAAGGGAGGGUGGCUAAUCAAGUCAUGGAAGAAGUUAAAAAAAAGUUGUCUGAUAUUUAUGGGGUCACUCUGCUUGAGGUUGAACAUCAGAAGUAUAUUUUGGUCAAUCCCAUGAAUAAGAAGUUGGAGAAAUAUAUACAUGAGCAAAAAUCACCAAAACGAGACCUUCUUGGAUUACUUUUGACAAUAAUAUUUGUCAAUAACAUGCAAGUACAUGAAGAUAAACUGAGAGAAUGCCUUCAAAAAGUUAAAGUUGAUCUACAAGAUAAUCAUCCUUAUUUUGGAGAUGUCAACAAGCAAAUACAAGAAUUUGAGCGUCAAAUGUACAUUGUGAAAGAUUAUGUUUCCUCUGCUAAAGGACAAGAAAAAACUCAACCUUUUUAUGUUUGGGGAAUAAGAGCGAAGCAUGAAAUUAGUAUGAACUCUAUUUUAGAAGUUUUAGCUAAGAUUUAUGAUACUACUCUUGAGAACCUUCCCCCCUCAUUAAAGAGUAUAGCUGCUCGUUACACUGAGCCGGAACCUAUGGAAGACUUUGCAUAA